GAUCGUUCUCUCAGUUUAGCACCGAGAUCGAGUCUUCGGUUUUAUGCGAGUGAGGAAGCGAAACCGAGGACGGGGAAAUCACGGGAAGUGACGAGUUAGAAGGCUAGCCAUUUCGAGAUUGAUAUAGCUGCGCUUUAGGAGCUGGAUAACUUGGUAAUUUCGCUGCUCAUUAUCUUUCUUAAAGUCUUAUAGUGAAACUUCACUUUUUCCAUUUGGAGCUUCAUGGAUGACUUGAUUAUAAAUCUGCUUAGCCUCCAUGGGCUACGAGGUGAAGGGGUAGUCUUUGAAGUACUUGAUGCCCUAGAGUUUUGUUCCAAGAGAAAUGGUUCUUUUAUCUAGCUGCUUUGAUUUUUGUUUGCCCUUUUAAUUAGAAGACAGUAAUCUUCUAAGCAUCUUGAUCCCAGCCAUUGCUUUGUUCUGUUAAUUAAUUCGUGUUACUUGGGAUGUUAGAUCUUGACAUCCUGGUUAUAUCUGCUCUUGAAUCCUUGUUCUCAUUGUCAUUAUUGAAAUCUCUUUUGUGGGCCUAAUCCUUGAAUUUUAUUGCUUGUUUCAUGGUUAACUCUUGUCUCUCAAUUUUGACUGCUUGGUUAAUUUUGAUCUUGAUUCUUGGUGAAUGCCGUUUUGUUGCUGAAAUUUUUGAGGCAUUCUACCUUGCACUCUUAUGUUCCAGUAUUCUUCCAAGCAUUCAUAUUUUCCACUGAUUUUAUUUUGAUGCCAUUAUGGAAAUUUCACAUGUCAUUUGAUGGGUCUAGCUUUUAACUCUUGUUAAUUGCUAAAAUCUAUCUCUUGAUUCCAGUUGUUUUUGUUAAACAUGACCUUACUUAUUGGUUAACCUUGUUGUGGUAGAAUUUAUAAGGCAUCCAUGCACUUGUUCAUUCAUUCAUGAUCCAUAUAUCCAUUGGAUGCUUAUCCGUCUUUGAUAGAGUUCAAAAUUUUGUUGUACUUAUCUUUAAAUUCAUGCCAUUCUUUGCUAACUCAUUGUUGUGUUGGGUUCAUAGCGUAACCCCACAAUUGUUCUUUUGUAACCUUGGUAGGAUUUAUUUUUAUUUCUUGUGCUUCCCAUACCACCCCAACCUCUAGUAGCUUGUUUCAUGGUAAAUCCUGUUAAGUAGUUAGUGUUCUGCUUUUAUGAUUAGUUGUGGUUUGAUAUCAGAGUGGCGCGACGGAAGCGUAGU